GGCUACAACGCCUCUGUCGACCCCUCCAUUGAUGUCUUCUUCAGUACCGUAGCCUACCGGUACGGCCACUCAGAGGUAACCGAUAUUAUUCUGCGCGUCGACGACGAGGGCAAUGAAAUCCCGGAGGGACAUCUGUUGCUCAGCCAGGCAUACUUCAAGCGGUGGAGAAGUGGCUGCAGAGGGCUGAGAAGCGUGGCCGUUGCAUGCACAACUGACGAGUUUGCUAUGCCCUGGGGCAUUGUACUGGCUGUGGUGUCGUGGUCCCUGGUAAAGGUGCUGACGCAAUUGUACGGCACGCCGGACAAGUGCGACGCGUACGUGUGCGGUCUGGCGGAGCGGAAGCUGCCUGGCAGUCACUUCGGGCCGCUGUUCAAUGCCUCCCUUACGGACCAGUACCUGAGGGUUCGCGACGGCGACUGGUGGGCAUCAUCGGGUGCAACCCUAUUGGCCUCUGCACUGGAUUGA